AUGACUACUUCCAAGACGAUUCAGCGUUCAAUUGAAAUUCCUUUACAUGAUAGUGAUGAAGUUAUUGAAGUAAGUCUUGAUCAACUACCAGUUUUGGGCCAAGAAGUAUUGUCAAUUCUUCAACAAGAAAAUUGUCCAUUGCACAUAUGGGUUACACUAGCCUUGGAAUAUUAUCGUCAAGGAAAAGAAACUGAUUUUGUUCAAAUAUUAGAAGCAGCUAAAAAUGAAAUAACAAAUCAAAAACAACAACAAUCUCAUCAACAACAGCAAACAAAAGAACAACGUCAACAUGAAAAUGAUCAAAUGAAAUGUUUAGAUACUUUAGCUGCUUACUAUGUCAAAUGUGGAUAUAAAGAAAAGCGAGGACAAAAAAAACGCGAAAAUUUCACACAAGCAACAUUAUUAUAUACACAUGCAGAUAAGAUUAUGAUGUACGAUUUGAAUCAUCUUCUGGGUCGUGCCUACUUUUGCUUGCUGGAAGGUGAUAAAAUGGAUCAGGCUGAAGCACAAUUUAACUUUGUUUUGAAUCAGAUGCAAAAUAAUAUUCCAGCAUUGCUUGGACGAGCAUGUAUUGCCUUCAAUAAAAAAGAUUAUCGUUCAGCAUUAAACUUAUAUAAACGUGCAUUAAAAAAUUGUCCAGAAAAUUCUGCUGGUAUUCGAGUUGGAAUGGCCAAUUGUUUUGCUAAAAUUAAUAAACUAGAAAAGGCUGAAUUAUCUUUCAAUCGUGCAAUUCAAAUUGAUCCCAAAUGUGUUGGUGCUUUAGUUGGUUUAGCUAUACUAGAAUUAAAUCAAAAACGAAAUGAAUCAAUACGAAAUGGUGUUACGAAAUUAUCUCGUGCUUAUCAGAUUGAUCCACAAAAUCCAAUGGUUUUAAAUCAUUUAGCAAAUCAUUUCUUUUUCAAAAAGGAUUAUCAACGUGUACGACAAUUAGCAAUGCACGCAUUAAAUUAUACAGAAAAUGAAGCAAUGCGUUCUGAAUCAUGUUAUCAUUUAGCUCGUGCACACCAUGCUGAACGUGAUUAUGAGGAAGCAUUUCGUUAUUAUUAUCAGGCAACACAUUUUGCACCAGAAAAAUUUGUUUUACCACACUUUGGUUUAGGACAAAUGUAUUUAGCACGUUCAGAUUUUACAAAUGCCAGUGAUUGUUUUGAAAGAAUAUUGAAAGUUCAUCCAAAUGAUCAUGAAUCAAUGAAGAUUUUAGCCAGUAUCUAUUGUGAAUCAAGUGAAAUUGAUAAACGAGAUAAAGCUCGUGAAUAUUUGAAAAAAGUAACACAGCAUGAUACACAUGAUAUUGAUUCAUGGAUACAAUUAGCUGAAAUAUUAGAAGGCGUUGAAUUGCAAGGUUCAUUAGAAGCAUAUUUGACCGCAUCAAAAUUGAUACAUGAAACACAAGAAAUCGAUACACCAGUUGAAAUAUUAAAUAAUAUGGGAAGUUUAUAUUAUCGUUUGAAUAAUUACGAAGAAAGCAAACGUUGUUUUGAAAUAGGUAUUCAAAACGCUGAUGUAGCUCGUGAAACUGAACCAGUGUAUUACAAUUCAAUAUUGGUGACAAUGCGUUAUAAUUUGGCUCGUGUUUAUGAAGCAUCUUUUGAAUUUGAUAAAGCAGAAACAUUAUAUAAAGAUAUUUUACGUGAACAUCCAAAAUAUGUUGAUUGCGUAUUAAGACUAGGUUGUAUGACACGUGAUCGUGGACAGAUAUAUAAUGCAUCAGAUUGGUUUAAAGAUGCAUUAGAAAUUAAUCAGAGUAAUCCUGAUGCGUGGACAAUGAUUGGUAAUUUACAUUCAGCUAAACAAGAAUGGCGUCCGGGACAAAAAAAAUUUGAACGUAUUCUACAUAAUACAAGUACGGCAAAUGAUUCAUACGCAAUGAUAUCAUUAGGAAAUAUUUGGUUACAAACGCUGUACAUACCAACAAAAGAUAAAGAUCGAGAAAAACGUCAUCAAACACGUGCAUUACAAGUCUAUAAAACUGUAUUAAAAAAUGAUCAACGUAAUAUUUGGGCAGCUAACGGUGUUGGUUGUGUAUUAGCACAUAAAAAUUAUUUGAAUGAAGCUCGUGAUAUAUUCGCUCAAGUUCGUGAAGCAACAGCUGAUUUUCCUGAUGUAUGGUUAAAUAUUGCUCAUAUAUAUGUUGAACAAAAACAGUAUAUACCCGCCGUACAAAUGUAUGAAAAUUGUUUAAAAAAAUUUUAUAAAUACAACAAUGUUGAAGUAUUAACAUAUCUAGCUCGCGCAUUAGUUAAAGGUAAUCGUUUGAAAGAAGCUCAUAAUGCAUUGUUAAACGCGAGAAGAGUAUCACCACAUGAUUUAACAUUAAUGUAUAACGUAUCAUUAGUACAACAAAAACUAGCCCACGAAACAUUAAAAGAUGAAAAUAGUACAUUAGCACCGGUGUUGCAAGCAAUCGAUCAAUUAAAAAUAGCUCAAAAAACAUUCACAUGGCUAUCUGAAAAUGGCGAUCCAUCUAGAAUUGAUUUAAAUCAAUCAUCUCAAGAAGCUAGGCAGUGUUCUGAUUAUUUAUCACAAUCAACAUAUCAUGAAAUACGUGCAAGAAAGAAAGAUGAACAAGAACAAUUAAUUAGGCGUAAACAAGAUGAAGAAAGAAAGAAAUUACGUGAAAAGCAACUGUUUGAAGAGCAAGAACGUCAUCGAAAAGAUGAAGAACGUCGUCAACUCGAAACUGAGAAACGUCAAGAAUUUGUUAAACGUAAUAUGAAUUUGUUAACAGCAAAUGAAGCACAAGAAAAAACGGAAAAACAGCGACCGAGUGGAAAUAAAAAGCGAGCUAGACAAGCUGAUGACGAAGAAGAAUUUAUUAAUGAUACACAAGAUUUGAUAUCAAAUAUCGAAAAACAGAAAAAGCGAAUGAAAAAACCAACAGGUGGUGAUGAUACAAAUGAAAAUAUUACACCAAAGAAAAAAGAACGAAAACCACCAAGAAAACGUAAAGUUCAUGACGACGUUUUAGACGGUGAUGCAGAAAAUUAUGAACCAAAGCGCAAGAAGACGAAAGAAAAAAAUAGAAAAAAAGUGAAAAUAACCAUGUCCGAUGAGGAAAAUGAUGAUGUUCAACAAGAAGAAGAGAUUGAUGAUUUAGAAGAAAAUGAAGAUGAGAUUGAUAUGAUUAAUGAUGAAGAUGAUGAUACAGAAGAUAGAAAGAAAUCAAAGAAAAAACAAAGUCAAAAUCGUACAAAACGUGCCACACCAUCGAAACCGCCUCGACAAAGUGAUUUAUCUGGUAGAUAUAAAUCGAAAGCAACUAUAUCAAGUAGUGAAUCAGAGGACGAAAACAAUGAGAAAAAGACACCAAUCGAACAAGAAUCUGAUAAUGAGACACAAGAACAAGUGAUAGAUGAAAAGGAAGAUGAUCAGAAUGAACAAGAAGGUGAAGACGAGGACGAAACUCAGAUUGAAAAUGAAAAUCCAUCAGCAAGUGAAGACGAAGAACAACAACAAGUAGAUGAUCAAGAGGAGGAAAAUGUUGACCAAGAUCAGAAUGAUGAUGAACUAUCUGAAAAUGAAAAUGAGAAAGCAUCACCCGAAUCGCGUAUAGAAGAUUUAGUUGUGAGUGAUGAAGAUUAA